UUGCAACUCAAAACCUGUCAGUGUUUGACAUCCAAAAAAUAACGUGUGGUUAAAAACUAACCCCAGAUGGCAGAUCACCGGCAGCUCACUCACUCACUGCCCUUGUCCCUGUCUCUCUCGCUCUCACAAACCAAAACCCGUCAAUGGAUUUCACAGCAGAUCAACUUCUUCAAUACAAUGGCACGGACCCUUCCAAACCCAUCUACGUAGCAAUCAAAGGACGAGUCUUUGAUGUGACGACAGGCAAAAGCUUUUAUGGACCAGGUGGUUCUUAUGUAAUGUUUGCAGGCAAAGAUGCAAGCAGGGCUUUAGCUAAAAUGAGUAAAAAUGAUGAAGACAUCUCGUCUUCAUUACAUGGGCUUACUGAGAAAGAGAUUGGUGUGCUUGAUGACUGGGAAAAGAAGUUUGAGGCCAAGUACCCUGUUGUUGGUCGUGUCGUGUCUUAAAAAGUCUGGAGUUUUAUGUGUUUAGUGUGGUCUAUUUGUGUUUUGCAAUAAUGGAUCAUAUGACUUUUGUAAGAGAUUGUGGGUUAUGAUGUUUUUGUUGGGUUUGGAUAGUGAAGGCUGUGUGAAUGUAUAAUAAUGUGUUGAAUUUGGGGAUUAAUGAAUAAAUCUGGGUUGUGUGGAAUUGAGAUUUU